AUGGCAAGCAAUCGACAGAAAUUUCUGAUUAAAAAUUCACUCAUUUCUUUGUUAAAAGCGCUUGAAGGAAAGGUGACAACUGUUGAAUUACGGAAUGAACAUACAGUCACAGGAACGAUUGAUUAUGUUGACGGAUUUAUGUGUGUUUCAAUGUCGAAUGUUUGCUUUAAAACAUUGUCAGGAAAAAUGACCAACUUCGAACAAUUUUACAUACAGGGACCUAAUAUAAGAUUUGUACAGAUUCCAGACGAAGUUGACAUGAAAAAGGCGAUUCAUUGGGAGGUAAAUAAAGAAAGGAUAAUGCGGCAACGGAUGCAGAAAGCAAUCAGUGAUGCUGUUAUAAAAAAGAGACAGAAAAGGGAAAAAGAAAUAACGAAAAAAGAAGAAAAAGAACAGAAAAUGAAAGAAGCAGAAGAUAAAAAAGAUGCAGCUAACUGA